CCAUGUACAAUACCCACCUGCACCGCCCACCCAAUCGGUGCUGACCGACGACCGAACUCUGAACAACACAUAUACGUGUUUCGGGAACAGGUCGAUGGGUCGGUAGGGCUGUAUCAGGUACGAGCGAACAACCUGCAUACGCUGCCCGAGCAUCCACGGCAGUGAAUUGGGACUGCAUGCUAGUUCCAGAGGUGUAUGUAUGCCAAGGGGCUGUAGCCUAGCGUAGUGAUGAGCGCAGAGUAUGUUCAGACUGGAGUAGCGUCAACGUGCAAAUAACACGACUUUACUAUCUCGAAACACCCCUUCCAUCACUCCACGACCUAGACAUCAUAAUCAGAAGAUAGAUUAUAUAGACCGUUUUCCGUAGUCACAGAACGAUCCAAUAUCCAAAUCCAAACAUUCACCACAUUAAAACCUCAGAAAUCCCCACGUCCAAACUUUUUACCCCCACUAAAAAAAAACACACGUGAUUAUUCCCGCAGAGUUCCACGUACACAUCAAUCCGUGUUGUGUGCAAUCAAACAAAAAUCCGCCGAGUCCUCGUAUGCAAUGCACGUCAGAUCAUGCGCAUCCUCUCGGUGAGUGUGUGCAACGCAACCCCUCCCUCUCCCGGUCGCCUAACCGAAUCCCCUCCAUCCCAUCUCUCACCGAAACCUUCGGUCUCGACACCGAACAUGCGUCACCGAAUCUCUCGCAGGAUCACUCCGCGCGGUCCUCGAAUUUUCACCGAAAUCCUCGUUGA